GCUGCCCGGUCGCGCGCUCGUCCGCGCGCCUGUCAAUCAUCAUCAUGGCGGCGGGCCCGCCUCAGCCCGGGGCGGAGGGCCCCAUGGCCGGCUCGGCCCAGGGGGAGCGGCCCCCCGGGGCCUUGGUGGAGCGCGGCUUGACCACUUCGGGCCUGGGUCUGGUCAACCUUCCCGACGGCCACCGCGCCGCCGACCCCCUGGACCUCGUGGAGCUGGCCCACCAGGUGCAGAAGGCCGACGAAUUUGUCCGCGCUAAUGCCAGCAACAGGUUGACCGCUAUAGCUGAGCAGAUCCGACAUUUACAAGCCCAGGCCAGAAAGGUGUUAGAAGAGGCCCGCAGAGAUGCCGACCUGCACCACGCGGCUUGCAGUUUGGUGAAGAAACCUGGCAACAUCUACUUCCUGUAUCAGCGGGAGAGUGGUCAACGCUACUUCUCAAUCCUUUCUCCGAAGGAGUGGGGGGCCAGCUGCCCCCACGACUUCCUGGGGGCCUACAAACUUCAGCAUGAUCUGUCCUGGACGCCGUACGAAAACGUGGAGAAGCGAGAAGCUGAAAUCAGCAUGGUGGAGAAGCUAUUGAGCCAGCAGGCAUCUCUGCCCCCUUGCACAGAGCCCAACUUCCAGGGACUGAGCCAGUGAUAGCCAGAGCCGCCCAGGCUCCGGCAGCUCACCCAGAACCGAUUCUCUUCAGACCUUCUCGCCCCGGGGGGAGGACUUCCAUUCCAGUGGUCCCCACGGGGAGGAGAGCAAGACUGGGACAAUUGCUAAUUAAAGUCUCCUGGGGCAAGGA